AUGAGUGGUCUUCAUCUUAACAUCGAUUACAUUGCUAAUAACAUUCAGCAGUACAUUGAUGAUGAGAACUUUUUUGAUAUGCUUGAUGAGGAUAUUAUUUUUCAAGUUUUAGAGAAAACAACACUUGAUCCACAAAACUUCAAAGCACUUCUUUCACAAGGACAGUCGAAAUUGAGCUCUUCUAAUUUAUAUAAUUGUGCCCACAAGUGUAAUGUUAUUGUAAAUACUUUUGAAGACGCAAUCAACGUUCUUAAAUGCUACAAAAAUAUUUUCAACCUUGAAUCAUCACAUGGAUUAAUCAAGUUUUUAAAGAAAUAUAAUGCAGAACAUGUAUCUCAAUUAGAUGAAAUUCAAAAUCUUAAAAAUAAAGUUGAAAUUCUUGAAAAAGAUAAAACAUCACUUAAUAAUAAAAAUGAUCAAUUGAUUGAAUCAAUAAGUUAUUUUGCAAAACUCUCUCAAUUAAAAGACGUAAAUGAUUUUAAUAAAGUUUAUAACUACCUUAAAGAACUUUCAGAAAAAGGAGACGAAAUUAAAAUGUUUCAUUCAUGUUCUAUUGGAUUGAGUGAAGUAAAGAAUUCAUAUGAUGGCACUCCAUUAAUUGAUGCUUGCAUUAAUGGAGACCUUAAGUUAGCAAAAUCUCUUAUCGAAGGAGGUUGUAAUCGAAAUGCAAUCAACAAAUAUAGCAAUAAUUGCUUACUUGAGGCUUCAGCAAAAGGUCAACUUGAAGUUGUCAAAUAUUUAAUUGAUAAUGGAUUUGACAAGGAUUGGAGAAAGAAAACUAAUGGAUUUAAUGCAAUUCUUAUGGCAUCACAAUUUGGUAAACUUGAAACAGUUAAAUAUUUGCAAAGUAUUGGUUGUGAUGUAAAUUCUAAAUCAAAUCUUAACGCAAAUUGUAUUUACUUUGCGUCAUUAAAGGGUCAUCUUGAAACAGUUAAAUAUCUUGUUUCAGUUGGAGGAAAUCCAAAAGAAAAGGCUAAUAAUGGAUUUUCUCCAUUAAUAGUUGCAGCACAAGAAGGUUAUCUUGAAGUUGUUAAAUAUCUCAUUCAAAUUGGAUGUGAUAAAAACGACAAAACAAAUUAUAAUGAUACUUCACUUCAUUGGGCAACAAUUAAAGGUCAAUUUGAAGUUGUUCAAUAUUUGGUUUCAAUUGGUGUGAAUCUAAAUCAUCAAAACAAUUUUGGAAAAACUGCUCUUAGUUAUGCUAUUGAAAAACAAAACGAAAAUGAUAACUAUAAGAAGAUUUUAGAUCUUCUUUCAAGAUCUGGUGCAAUCUAA